CACGCGGUCAGUUGGCUCGAUGCAGCGAGCGCGAUAUUUGCCGUUGCGAGUUUAACAUUUCCGUCGGACUGCUGAGGAAAUCGCUCACAGUGGCUUCCGCCUUUGAUAUUUCUCACAUACGACGUCACAUUAAUUGCCAAAUGUUCAAUUCUUUUGCUAAUUGAUCCGUGUGGUUAGGUUCGUUCGCCGGAUCAAAGAGGGGGGGGGGAAGCAUAUGAUAGCGCACGCUCUUCUCCGCGCUCCUUUUUAUUCCACUCGUGCGCUGUUCGCGAGGAGACAACGUGCGGUCACGCCGAUCUUCAAUUUGCUCGCUUUCGACAGCAUUCCUCGAUCAUCCUAUUGUAUACUUCUAAGGAAUCCCGCAAAGAAUUCAAGAUGCACAGAUUACCUACAAUAUUGAGAGGAACAGCCGUGCGCCAGUUGCAGGCACGUACUUAUGCUAAAGAUGUACGUUUUGGGGCAGAGGUUCGUGCCUUGAUGUUGCAGGGUGUAGAUAUAUUGGCAGAUGCUGUCGCUGUGACGAUGGGCCCCAAAGGACGUAAUGUCAUCUUGGAGCAAAGCUGGGGCAGUCCAAAGAUUACCAAGGAUGGUGUGACUGUAGCGAAAGGUAUCGAACUGAAAGACAAAUUCCAGAAUAUCGGAGCCAAACUAGUACAAGAUGUAGCUAACAACACCAAUGAAGAAGCUGGAGAUGGUACUACCACUGCAACCAUAUUGGCCAGAGCGAUAGCCAAAGAGGGUUUUGAGAAGAUCAGCAAAGGCGCAAACCCUAUAGAGAUCAGGCGCGGCGUAAUGCUGGCGGUGGAGAAGAUCAAGGACGAGUUGAAAACACUGAGCAAACCCGUCACGACGCCCGAGGAGAUCGCACAAGUGGCGACGAUAUCCGCCAAUGGCGACAAAGCCAUCGGUAAUUUGAUCUCUGAUGCCAUGAAGAAAGUCGGAAAGGAAGGUGUGAUCACGGUGAAGGACGGCAAAACGCUCAUCGACGAGUUAGAGGUCAUAGAGGGCAUGAAGUUCGAUCGUGGCUAUAUUUCGCCAUAUUUCAUAAACUCUAGUAAAGGUGCCAAAGUCGAGUUCCAAGAUGCACUGCUUCUCUUCAGCGAGAAAAAGAUCUCGUCCGUGCAGAGCAUUAUUCCCGCUUUGGAGCUGGCCAACGCGCAACGCAAACCCCUCGUCAUAAUCGCCGAGGAUGUGGACGGCGAAGCCUUGUCCACGCUGGUUGUCAAUCGUCUGAAGAUCGGACUGCAGGUAGCUGCGGUUAAGGCUCCUGGUUUCGGCGACAACAGGAAAGCCACUCUUCAGGACAUGGCAAUAUCCACCGGUGGCAUCGUCUUCGGCGACGACGCCAACCUCGUCAAACUGGAAGACGUCCAGGCGAGCGAUUUGGGGCAAGUGGGAGAAGUCAUCAUUACAAAGGACGACACUCUCUUCUUGAAGGGUAAGGGAAAGAAGACUGACAUCGACAGAAGAGCUGAUCAAAUCAGAGAUCAAAUCGAGAACACGACGUCCGACUACGAGAAGGAGAAACUACAAGAACGUCUGGCGAGGUUAGCGUCCGGAGUGGCGGUCCUCAGGGUCGGCGGUAGUAGUGAAGUGGAAGUGAACGAAAAGAAGGACCGCGUGCACGACGCUCUCAACGCCACUCGCGCCGCCGUCGAAGAAGGCAUCGUGCCUGGAGGUGGCACCGCUCUCUUGAGAUGCAUGCCAUCGUUACAACAGCUAAAGGCGGUCAACUCUGAUCAGAAGACCGGAAUCAAGAUUGUGGCGAAUGCAUUACGUAUACCAUGCCUGCAAAUCGCGCAGAACGCUGGUGUCGACGCCAGUCUUGUAGUAGCUAAAGUGUGCGAAGGCAAGCUCGGCUACGAUGCGCUCAACGACGAAUACGUCGAUAUGAUCGAGAAGGGUAUCAUCGAUCCCACAAAGGUUGUGCGUACAGCACUCACCGACGCGGCGGGCGUCGCAUCGUUGCUCACAACGGCCGAAGCAGUAGUCACGGAAAUGCCGAAAGAGGAAUCGCAGCCACCGAUGGGUGGCAUGGGUGGUAUGGGAGGUAUGGGUGGCAUGGGUGGUAUGGGCAUGUAAAACCGUAAAAAGACACACUAUAGCAGCGCAAAGACUGAAAAAAAAA